AUGGAAGAAUACAACGCUUACUUCAAUUCCAACUCCAUGAACCAAUUCGCGAUCAAAGAACAACAAAGUUACCUGAAGGUACUACUCGACGACAAUCUAAAGACGAGGCUCUCAUGCAAGAUAACGGAUAGCACUGAAAUUUACGGCGAAAACGGAUGCAUCGAGUUGUUAAAACAAGAUUUUGAUCGAAGAUAUCCGAUAAUGACGCGAAGAAUGGAUUACUUCCAGCGGAAGCAGCACGACGGGGAAAGCUUCACAGAUUAUCUAGCGAAGCUCAAAGAACUAGGAAAACUCGCAGAUCUUGAGAAACUCAAAAUGGAGGAUCUAACAGUGUACACAUCGAUGUGCGGCACAAACAACAAAGAAUUGCUUGAUGAUAUGUUGAAAUUGGAGGACCCGACCAUCGAGAAGAUAGAGCAAGUCGCAAACAUCUUCGAGGGCAAAUCAAAUACGAAGAAAAAGCUAUACUGCGAUGUUACAGCCUCAGUCACAAAGACGGAAGACGGAAGACCCAGCUACCCAAGAACAAAUCGUCCCUUUCAACGAUCAAAUCCAACGAACGGCCAAAGAACAACGAAUAGCAAGUGCAAAAGAUGCAAUGAAACAGAUCAUCAACACUACCAAUGCUCCUGGAAACCAAAUGUCGAAUGCCACGGAUGCGGCAGAAGAGGUCACAUUAAGCCAGCCUGUCCAAAAGGAGAUCAGAAGCGAAGAAGCGAUCGUCCAACGAAGCCAGUGAGAGCUGUCGAGGAGAAAUCUACCAGCAGCUCUUCCAUUUCUUCAUCAACCGAUUGA